GAUGGAAAAUGUUUAGUACACGACAGAAAAAUGUUGUCGAAAUUAUCGCUGAUCGUUGUGUUGGUGUCACUGGUCGCCACUGGUGUCCACUGCUUCCCCGAGGGACGUGUCGUGAAUGGUACCUCCACAGAAAUUACCAAAUAUCCAUUUAUGGUAUCGCUGCGCGGUGCAACCGGUUCUCAUUCGUGCGGUUCGAGUAUUAUUGCUCCACGUUUUAUUCUAACUGCUGCCCAUUGUGUCGACGGACGUAAUGCUGGUCAAAUUAGUGUCCAAUAUGCCACCACCACCAUUAGCGCCAAGGGUGACAAUGUCAUUCCGGUGAAACGCAUCAUCAUGCACGAAGGUUACAAUCCCUCAAAUUCAUAUGCCAAUGAUAUUGCCCUGUUGGAAUUGUACGGCACAUUGGUAUUCAACUAUAAGACAUUGGCUCCAGUCAAUUUACCCGAUCCAUAUUUCGAAAUUCCUCAACUACCUGAAGGUGUGCCCGGUGUUUUGGCUGGUUGGGGUUUGAAUGAGACUGGUGGCUACAUUCAAAACACUUUGCAAGAAGUCAAUUUGAAAAUCUAUUCCGAUAACGAAUGCCAAGAAAGACACAAUUACCAAACAAAUCCCGAAUAUCACAUUUGUGGCGGUGUUGAUGAAGGCGGCAAGGGACAAUGUUCUGGCGAUUCGGGCGGUCCUCUGUUGUACAAUGGCAACGUGCAAUUGGGUAUUGUCUCGUGGAGUAGAAAACCAUGCACCAUUGCUCCCUAUCCCGGUGUUUACACCAAGGUCUCGCACUAUAUUCACUGGAUUAAACAACAUAUUGAAUAAACGCAUUGUUUUUGUGGAAUAAAUAAAAUACAAGUCGAGAUUAAAAAUGGAA